AUGGAUGAUGACGGUGACGAUGACUAUGACAAUGAUAAAUGUUUACUAAUUUUAUUGCUAACAAGCCGUAUGCUGCAACAUCUCAAUGUAGUGGCAGUGGCAGUAUCAACAACCAAUCAGCAUCAUCCUCAUCAUCAUCUCAAUUCGCAUGCGUAUUCAUAUCUACGAAAUAAAGCGAACGAUAAUAAUCCGAGCAAAACUUAUAAUGUCUAUGACAAGGAAGCCAAUGAGGAGUAUAAUUUAUAUCAACAAUCACCUGGCGAGGGGAUACAAUUGAAAAUUGGCUCUCAACAGCAGCAACAAUAUCCACAAGAGAACACUCAACAGCAUCGAUAUCAUUAUCAGCAACAAAACGAACAAACCAAUCAACCCAAAUCCCCUUACUCAUCUCUUCACUACAAUACAUUAAAACAUCUCAGCGAUGCCACACACAAUGAUGUGGAUAUUGUUUACCACCAACCCACCAAUAGCCACAGCCACAGCAACAACAACCAACAAAUGGAAUCCACACAACAAGAAAAACCCUCGUUGUUGGAUCAGCUGAAAAGUCAGGCCCAGGAUUUGAGUGAAGGUUAUGCCACAUUUUUGCAAGAUCAAGAAAAUGAUGAAAGUUACCAUGAUGACAAUUCGUCGCGCAAGGAGCCUCAACCGCAACAGGUUGAAUCUCAGCUUGCAAAUCCUCAGCAGUUGCAUUAUCAAAAAUUACAACAACAGCUCCCAGACUCGGCUCGUACAAAUUUGUCCCCACCAGCAGCAACAACAGCCAUACCAUAUACCACCUCCCCCGGUAUUAAGCAGGUAAACAUACACCAUCAGUCGCAGCAACGGCAACAACAACCCGUAAUUGUGUCACACGCAACUGGCAACGAAGCAUCACUUGCAUUGCAACGGCUGACUAUAACACCACCAGCACCACCCUCAGCACCCCUACCCCAUCAUCCCCAACACCAGCACCACCACCAUCACCCAGGAAUGCCACCGAAAUUUGCUAAUCACCCAGCUCGUCAACCAGCCGUAGUUUAUGGUCCACCACCGCCACCACUCACCCUACCCCCACUCGGCCACUCACGACAUUCUAAACAAGUCAUAUAUGCACCGAUGCGUUUUGUUUAUGAUCGCCAAUUGCCCUACUCUGCGAAAACAUUUCCCUAUCCACCAUCUUUUAUAAGCCUAACCACCACCGAGAGGCCCCUCAAAGAGAAAACUCCUCCACAAUUUUACCACAACAAUCAUAAAUCGGCCUAUCAAAAAAUACCCGAUUUUUGGGGAAAUCGUCCUGCAAAGUCCCUAUUGGAUUCCUAUAUACCCAGUUGGCAGGUGGUGAAAAUGUUGGAAGAAUAUCGCCAGAAACAAGGAGCCGGAACCCAAUCGCCGAAUUUGCAAACUUUGGCGUUGCCAUAUCAUCAUCAUCGAAAUUUCAAGCGGAAUGUUGCCACCAACAACCAGGGGAAAAUGAAAUUGUGA